UUCGUUUGGGACUUCUGGAUUGCUUGGUGGUUGAAAAGGACAAAGCGAAGACCAGGACAGUGACGUUUCACUAGGAUUUUUCGAGGGAAAGAGAUUUUAAUAGUGGAAACUAGAAAAUUCUCAAGCUUUGAAAGGAAGGCAUAGAAAUGGUACAUGCUCUGGUUCAAACAGCACCACUUCUCCUCCAAUGUUCUCCUCCUCCUCCUCCCCAUGUCUCUAACUGUAGGGGAGUGCCUGGUAAAAUAAUGAUGAAGUGCUGUUCAGAGCAAUCUAUCAGCAGCAAGCCUCUGACCAGACAUGUUUUAUCUGGCUUUGCUGCAACGUUAGUAUUUGUCUCUCAAAUAAACCAGGCUGUUGCAUCAGAUGCUUCCCAUCAACGAAAUAUUUAUGAGCUUGCAAAUGCCACUGAAAAGACAGUUACUCUUCUGCUUGAUAAGGGAUCUGAUGAAGGAGGUGAGAAGCUAAUGAUGAUGAGAGGCAUGACUGCAAAUAAUUUCAACCCUAUCAGAUAUUCUGGAAGGUGGUUUGAAGUUGCUUCGCUGAAACGUGGAUUUUCUGGGCAAGGUCAGGAAGACUGCCACUGCACCCAGGGUGUGUAUACAUUUGAUAUGGAGAAACGGGCCAUCCAGGUUGAUACCUUCUGUGUUCAUGGUAGCCCUGAUGGAUAUAUUACUGGCAUAAGGGGAAAUGUUCAAUGCCUUUCGGAAGAAGAUUUGGGAAAAAAUGAGACGGUCCUAGAAAAGCAAGAGAUGAUCAAAGAGAAGUGUUACCUCCGUUUUCCAACAUUGCCAUUCAUCCCUAAGCAGCCAUAUGAUGUGAUUGCAACUGAUUAUGACAAUUUUGCGCUUGUUUCAGGAGCAAAAGAUAGGAGUUUUAUACAGAUUUACUCCAGAACGCCUAAUCCUGGUCCUGAAUUCAUAGAGAAGUACAAAUUUUACUUGGCCAACUUCGGAUAUGACCCAAGCAAAAUCACGGACACCCCACAAGACUGUCAAUCAAUGACAGAUAGUCAGUUAACUGCAAUGAUGUCCAUGUCCGAAAUGCAACAGGCUUUAACAAAUCAAUUUCCUGCUCUGGAAUUGAAGCGCUCUGUCCAGUUUGACCCCUUUACGAGUGUAUUUGACACUCUAAAGAAGCUUGUGCAGCUUUAUUUUAAGUAGUCCUGAGCUGGUUAGUCUUGCUCUUCUUGUUCCUUAUCUGUUCUGUUCUUACCAACCAGCCAAAAGAGAGAAUAUGUUGGUGUGCAACUACUUCAACUACAACUAUACUUUCAUAUCAUCCAUCAUUUUAAUUUAUAAUCUACCUCUAAUUGUACGUACUUCUUGGAAACAAGUCUGGUUUCUUGGCAACGAGAUCAGCUCUAGGAAAUGUUACACUGUAAUAAUUACAGUUUGUGCCACUGGAAGCAGUGCCCUAACUACAAGAAACACUUGCAAGAAAUGGGGAUAGCAAAAUGGUGCUAUUCCGUUGCAACCAAGUUUUUCUCCUGACUAAUGCUAGGGUACCUACAAUUUUGAUGGGUC